AUGUCAGCUUCAAAUUACAAACAAUCCAACUCUUCCUUGGCUUCAUAUGAACCUUCGAAACCUUAUCCGCAGUUGGACGGACAUUCUGAUAGCAGACGAAAUAUUCCUGAAGGCAGACUUGCUAAAGAUAAUGUUUCAGAGACGACUAUUAAACCACAGGAUAACACACUUCCGACUAUUAUAGUCAAAGCUCCUUUACCUUCACCAAUAUUUUCGACUUUUUCUUUUUUGGUCUCUUUCGAAAAAUUUUACGUGACUGCUGCAUCCAAAGCAGGUUAUAACAAGAUCUAUGAAUGUAGGCGUUCAAAAAGUUUCUUUUUUGAGGUUGUCGAUCAAAUACCAGACACCAAUGAAAUUCACCUGAAGAUAUAUACAUCCGAUCAUCAUAUGUCAUCUACUCCAAUUCGAUUUCACUUUGGUAUCUAUGUAGCUUGUAACCAUCUACCUACAAAGAAGUCUCCCCAUCAAAAACCAACACCAUGCCGUACACCGUGCCCUUUUGUUAAAAAUUUUAAUCGACACGCUUGUAACCAACAUCAUUCGGCCAUCACUCAUAUAAUAAACACACCCUCAGAGGAUAAGGCAACAUCAGCACCUGCUACUGGUCCUAUGUACACCAAGAUUUACAAAAAUUUCUCUCGUACGUUAAGUUCGAAUCCACGUACAGCUGCACGGCAAAAAGCUCGUUUUGAUCGAUCUUGUCGACGUAUUUUUAAUAGUAAUAAACCUAAAUCUGGGAUGGCUCUUAAACUCCGAUAUAAGAUUAGACUUGCGAAUCAAAGGAAGUUCCUUUUCUGUCCAUAUCAAAAGAUCUAUACACGGAUCCCUCACUUAAAAUUCAACAUGGGAUUAUUUAAACGUUUCCCAACCGUUCCCUUAUUCCAUUUUCCAUACGAUCAGAACUGCGCUCUUUUACAUCUACCUGAAGAUAGGAUUUUUCCCCCUCACAUUAGUUCUGCAUUACGCAGUGUUAUCAAGAAUCAGGACUCCGAUGAAGAGGAUAACUCUUCAGCCAAUAAUGGCAGGGAUGAUACAUCAGAAAACUCUUAUAGGGAUUGGUAUAUCAAGAAUCUUAUUGACGAACACUAUGGUAAAGGUGCAUCAGAAUACAUAGAUGCCGUACUUUUAUUACAAGACUCUACAAUUCAGUUAUCCUUGAGAGACGCAUAUAUGUUAGGUUUAGAUGAAGAUCGCAUUAGUGAGAUCAGAGCUCGAGAUCGUCUUAACAAACGGUUAAAUGUCAUUAAAGACAUCGAAGAUCAUAAUACUUCUGCCAAACAUUAUCUUAGGCGUACUAAUGCUAUGGAGUUUUUUACUCGACUGAAUGAUAAUUUUGAUGACCGUAUGGCCAGUAUUCGCAAUUUCGCGGAUGAACACUACCCCUUUAAACCAUACCGUGCUAUUAUUCGACCAAAUGAUAUCCAAUACAUCAAAGAUAAUCUUGGUGAUACCUCCGAUGACACGAAAAUAAUAGAACGUCGCCCAAAAAAGCGUCGUGCCAGACAUAAUCAUUAUAAUAAUUAUGGAGAUCUUAUACCUCUAACAAAAAAAAUUUGUCUUUUCGAUUGUAGGGUUACCAAAGAAGAAGACUUCUUACCCUCUAAUAUAGAUUUAAUUUUUAAAUUUCGUAUUUGA